CAGAAGAAGAAAAGAAGCUCUCAAAGAGGCUCAGCUGGACCUGAAGUGAUUGAAGGAAAUCUCUCAGAACGAUGGAAGAUGAAUGCAAAGUGCAGCUGGAUGCCACUGUCUCCACAGAGGCCAGGAAACACACGACGCAGGGUGUCAGACCCAGCUCAAAGCUAACCACGGCCCUGCUGGCGUUCACGCUCUGCCUCGCCUUCGCUGCCGCUGCCGUCCUCUUCUUUAACACACACACCAAGGAGCGGACAGGACAAGACGAAGACACCACUGAUCUUCAUCACACCUUGAGGCAAAUUUCCAAUGGAAGACCGGCCAUUCAUUUAGAAGGUAAACACAACGAAAGUCUGAGCACUUCAGUGGAGUGGAAGAAUAACGUGGACCAGUCCCAUGCUACAGGUGGACUGAAGCUGGAGAACAACGAGAUUGUGAUCCCUCGAACCGGCCUCUACUUUGUUUACAGCCAAGCGUCCUUCCGGGUCAGUUGCACAAGCAGUGAUGCCGACGACGCCACCUCAAAGCCCAUGGUCCACCUGAGCCACACUGUGAAGCGCUGGUCCAGCUCGUACGGAGGCGACAACACAGAGAACUCCUACCAGACCAUCCUCCACUCUGUCCGCACCGCCUGCCAGAAGACAGCCAGCAGCGCCGGGGACGAGGAGGGAAACUGGUACACCGCCGUAUACAUGGGGGCUGUGUUCAACCUGAGGAAAGGGGACAGGCUGAAGACGGUGAUGGAGGAGAGGAUGCUGCUGAAGCUGGAGGAUGAGCCGGGGAAGACGUUCUUCGGUGUGUUUGCCUUGUGAGGACAGGUGACCGAGGGCUACAGGUGAAGAAGAAGAUGGCUCCACGGUGAGUCCUGCAGCUCUGGACUCACUCACACUGUUGAAAGUUUACACUGCACUGAACAGUCAAUGCACCUGUCAGUACAGACCCAAAAUGAUGACAUAAAGUUUGCUGUGUUAACUCUAAAAUGAUGAC